GCAAUUCGAUGCGUCGGAAGUAAAAGUCUGAAAAAAUGGUUGACAAAUCGUGGCGUUCGUUACUCGAUUCUCGAACGCUCCUUAUCUUAAAAAUAUUACAUCCGCCGUCACAGAGGUUAUAACGCGUUCUUACUCACGCACAUCUACAUGUAAAUACACACACGCACGCACGUAACGCGUACUCCCACCAUAUUACGCGACGACGCAAUUGUUGUUUGACUCUCCGUAGUUAGAGAAGCGAUAGUGGGGGAGAAAUAAGCAAACAAUCUUUGAAGAGUGGAGAGAAAAAAAUUUAUUUCGAAAGUCGCCUACUUACAACUCCACCUUUUCUUUUCUCAUAGUUUCACCGAUAUAUGAUAUAGUUUUACUUUUUUCUUUUUCUUGUUUCGUAAUUUUAAUCAAGCGAAAUAAACAUUUGUCAAACACUCUAGAGGUGUAGUUACGAUCAUCUCUUUAUUUUCUUAUUCUGUACGAGUUGACACCAUGAAGUCUGUCAAUAACAUCGGCAAAAAACCAAUGAACAAUGAAGGCGAAGACCCGUACCCGAGUCUGUCGGAUUAUCAUGAUUAUGAGCCCAACUUGGAAUUUGAUGACACCGAACUCCAGGCAACUUCGGACAGCGCUGUAGAACUGCUCGAAGAAAAGUUAGAUUUAAGUGCAAGCUGCGCUGGAACAGGACUGGACUACUUAGAGAGCCCCGUAAGCGAUGGAACAAUAGAAGAAAAUUUUGAAGAGGCUUUGGUGGAUGCACCUGUUAUUGAAACCGCAGCGGACGAUCUGGCAGCACUCGAAGGUGACCUUGUGGACGAGGAGGAUUACCUUGAUAUUGCGAGACUUGGGAUUGUUGAGGUAGUCGGGGAUGACAGUGCAGGGAGAAAAGUGAUUGUUGUGUCUGCUUGUAAGCUGCCGUCAAAUGACGAGGAGACCUUCAAUCAUGCUAAGUUAUUGAGAUAUCUCACACAUACCUUGGACACUUUCGUCGAGCAAGAUUACAGCUUAGUGUACUUUCAUCAUGGUCUGACAUCGAAAAAUAAACCGCCAUACGCAUGGUUGCGUCAAGCAUAUCGAGCUUUUGACCGAAAAUAUAAGAAAAAUCUUAAGGCUCUUUAUUUAGUACACCCAACAAAUUUUAUCAGAUUUGUCUGGCAAAUCUUUAAACCAGUGAUUAGCGCUAAAUUUGGACGCAAAAUGAUGUACGUUAAUUACCUGGAGGAGCUUGCACAACAUAUCAAUCUUGAUCAACUUUGUAUUCCUCAGCAAGUUUUACAACACGACGAACAGUUAAUGAUAAAAAAUAGAAAAAAUGUACCUGUAAGUCCACCACCCACAACUGUCGUUACUCCAGUAGCAACAACGCAAUUCGGCGCAAGUCUACAAUUUAUUAGAGAAAAUAACGGCGACGAAAUGAUACCACCUAUAGUAACGCAGUGUAUAGAAUUUUUGGAUACUCCAGACGCGUUGGAAACUGAAGGCCUGUUCAGAAGAUCAGCCAAUGUAACCGUGAUCAAAGAACUUCAAAACCGUUGUAACUUGGGAUUGCCUGUAGACUUUCGAGGUGAUCCUCACAUAGCGGCUGUACUUCUAAAAACAUUCCUUCGAGAACUGGACGAACCACUUAUGACCUACGAACUUUACGAUGAAAUAACCCAGUUUCAAAGUUUAUCAAAAGACGAACGACCUCGGAAAGUUAAGAUAUUGAUUCUUGAAAAACUACCUGAAGCUAACUAUCGUCUUUUGAAAUAUAUCGUUCAAUUUUUAUCCAGGGUAAUGGACAGAAGUGAUCUUAACAAGAUGACAUCGAAUAAUCUGGCAGUAGUAUUCGGUCCUAAUUUAGUAAGAGCUCCAUCUUCUCGAGGAAUGUCACUUUCAGCAAUUGGUCCGAUCAAUCAGUUUACCGACUUUUUGUUCAUGUACCAAGAUAAAAUAUUCAUCAUUUAAGACUGGGUUAGAUUACUAAAAGUGUUGAUUCAUUAAAGGCCUAUAAAACGUUAACAAAAUUGGCACUCGUUUCAAAUAACAGACUGAAACACUAAUCAGAUUGUUCAAAUUGGAUUUGUGGGGAAUAUGAAAGUACAUGUGUCAAUUAAUUAAAAAAAAAAAAAUCUAAUUUGAGCGCAUUAGACACUUGCUCCACGGCUUUCAUUUUUGCAUAAAUCAUUGCAUCGGUAAAACUUUUAUAUUUCCCUCGAUUUAAAAAAUUUUAAUUUACAGACUUGGAAGGGACACUGCAGGUCAGUUAUUUAAUUUUGAAUAAUAUUUCUCGUAUUUAUCGAAUAUAGCUCGAAGCAUUUUCAUAUUCACAAGAUGGAUCCUACAUAUGAGUACAAUUCAAUAAUGAGCAUAUAGUAUUUUUAUAUAAAUCACAGUAGCAAGUACACGCAAAUCCAAUUUUUAAUAUCUACAAAAAAGCCUCACGUUUGGACACGUUCUUGUGUAAUAUUCUAUAAAAUAUUUUCCUUUUUGUCUUUGUCGUGUAAAGCAUAGUUGAUAUUUUUUACUAAUUUAUAUACUUGCUGAAAAGCAAAAAUCGUAGAACAUACACAGGUUUUCUUCGUAAAGUAUUUCACAAUAAUGAAUGCACAACUUUUUUUCUAGCCAAAUAUGCUGCGAUCGUCAUGAGUGUUGCGUAGAAUGAAUGUGAGCAAGCUGAUCAGUGUUGUAUGACAGUUUUUAACAUGUGAAUAAUAUUUAUACAAAAAAAAAGGGAAAAAAUUACCACUGUAUACCAAAGAUAGGUGAGAACGUCAUAUAAUGUAAUCAGUGUAAACUGUAGGUAUACUCACAAAAUAGUCUAAUUAAAUGGGUAAAAUUAGUAAUUAUUAUAUUUUUUACGGAAUGAUUAUCGAAGAUUGAAUAUUUCUUGGUAACAAAGUUUUUCAACCAGUAUAGUAUUGUAAAAGAUAAUCAUUUAUAUUCGAAUUAAAAAAUUUGAGAUGUGCGUUUGCUUAGGUUUAUUGAAUUUCUUGCGUGAUACCCAUUACAGUUUUACCAAUAUUCCAGUAAAUAGUAACCAAAGCCAAGUCUCUCUUCAAUUAUAUUACAUAGAAUAGUAAUUUAUUAUUCUCAAAGAAUUUUGUCACACAAUGUUAGACAAUCUUCGACACAUUCCGUACUGUAAUUUAUAAAUUGUAAAUAAUCUCAUGGUGUAUAAAUUCAUAGAAUAGAUAUAUAUACAUAUAAAUAUAGUACUGAUUUUUAAAUAAAGUAUUGAAAAAAGCGUAUAAGAAUAAAAUAUAAAUACAUAUAAUAACGAACAGUGACAAAAAUAUUAUGAUAAUCGAAUUAGCAAAUUAUUCAAUAUUGUUUUAUGCUGGCAUAAGAACGACGAAUAAGUGAGAUACUGAGAUAUAGUAAUUUUCAUUUAUCAUAUUUCGUAGUUUAUGUCAUAAUUUGAACAUCUCAAGUAUUAAUUUUCAGCAAUCGAUAAUAGAUAUACCUAUAUAACAAAAUACAGAAAUCUUGAACGAAUUGAGUAUAAAAAUUGUAAUUGGCGACGCAAAAACUGUAUUUCAACAGCGUUAAACAGACAAGAAUUUAAAUAACCAUUCCAUGGUUAGAAACUGAAUUGUAAGUUUAAAAAAAUCUUAUGCAUACGCGAUUAAUUUGUUUUGAAAGAAAUUGCAAAUAUAUUCAAAGAGAGUGUCAACAAAUGUGUUCAGAAAAGAACAAAAAAAAUUUUUUUUUUUUAAACAACUUGUAACUGUCUGAAACGAAUUUGUUCUGUCGCACAUCUAACAAUAUGAGACAUGCACACAAUUUAUGAAAAUAUAAAUAACUUGCCACUGACAUUCCUAUAUGAUGUGCAUUACGUAAUUGCACAAUUGCCACUUGCGAACAUGAAAAAAAAAUACAUCAGUCAUAGGUUGACUCGUCAUUCCGGAUAAUACAUAAUUUACACGUCAAUACAUUAUUCAGUGAAAUAUCAUCAUAUGUUACAUUGCAUUAUAGUUCUGACCAAGAGCUGUAAAUGUUAGGAUAACUAAAUGUAUGCACGAUCCAUGUACCUGUGAUAGAAUAGCACAUUGUAUCUUUAUCUUUCGAACAUCAUACGGAUCUGAAUAAAAACAAUAUAGUACUAAAAUCAAA